AUGGAUCCAUCAACUAUCGCUCGACGGCUAUGCAGCAACUGUGGCACUAAUGCCACGCCCAUGUGGCGACGGUCAUCAACAGGUGAAACUGUCUGCAACGCGUGCGGUAUCUUCAUGAAAGGCAGCAAGACUCGACGGUCACAUAAAAAGCGUCCAAAGCCUCUUGCCAGUCCAGAAGAAUGUCAUCCUGCUGGUCAGCCUGCCUGUUAUGGGCAAUGUGAAUAUCAACCCCAGGCUCCACCUUUUCAAAUCGCACAAUACCCACCUUCACCUCCAUAUCCAUCUCCACCAAUAUACCCGUAUUCUCAUGGAGUCAGCAUCAUUCCAAUGAAUGAUGUUGUUCUGGGUGGGUGGUGCUACAAUUGUGGCACAACCACGACCCCCCUCUGGAGACGGGAUGAUGACGAUAAUCCCAUCUGCAAUGCGUGCGGCCUGUUCCUUAAAUCGCACAAUUACCACCGACCACGCGUGAUCUGGUCGACCAUCAUUAAGCGACGCAACCGCGCUGUGCCAAUUGAGCUACAGAGGAAGCAACAAGCCCAGAAAGCCCUAGAAGCUUCACAGGUCUCACGAAUUCCGGAAGCACAAUACAAUACGGACUACUAUGGAACUAGCCUACCGGUUUCCCCUCCAGUCUCUCCGCCAGUUUCGCCACCAGGUCAUCAAGGGUUCCCCUCUCAUGGUUAUGUGCCUAUACAAUAUUUACCUCAAGAUCAUCAGCAAUCCUGUCACGCACAUACAAUCCCCCUCAGCACUGGUAGGGAUACAUGGCCGGAGCCUGGAAGUAUCGAUAGGAAUAUUUCCAGCGUGAAGGACAUUCAUUGUCAACCGGUUAAACUACCCUCGAUCAAAUUCUUAUUGAGUUGAUGAUAUGUACACAAAAUAUAAAUGAAUAUAUUUGCAAAGAUUCCUUACAAAGGAGGAGGAUUCAAAUCCAGUCCCUCCACAGUUAGCUUGAACGCAUCGUUACGCGAAUAGCUUCCUGCCACAUCCAGAUCGAGCCUUCCUCUGUCACAGUCCUCCAGGUCAAUCCGUGAGAUAACCAAACCGUCAUUGUUGACUGAUGAGUCUAGUGUAUCAUCUGUCGAUACCUCCCAGAUAGGCUCACCGAUCACAGCGCCAAGAGGAUCGACGAUGCAAGAACCGCCGCGGGAGAUGUAGUGAGAGCCUAAA